UAUUUUGGGUCUAUCUUAGAAAGCGUACACAAACGGCUAAAGCUGGACAAGCGUCAAGAAGAAGGAGUUGACAGCUUACACGCGUUCCCGUAUGAAGUACCUCUCAGUCGAUCGAUACCUAGUCAUAUUGACUUAAUAAAGGAAGGAAGCUAUCCGAUCAAUAUCGCAACCGGGCAGUUCCAUCGCCUUCCAGCCUACCCACAACCGGCGGCGAAUCGGCGGAUAAACCGGUGGUGGGACAACAAAGAACUACUACGGCGAGUGGAUGCAGGUGGUGAAGAGGCCAGUGAAAAGGGGUUAUCUUGUCUAUCUCCUCCCUAUCACCCACAUGUUUUUUUAUGUUGUAUUCCCACCUCUUCUUUGAAUUCUCCCUCUACCAUCGAUUCGGGGGAUGCGGCGGACCAAUCUCAAGCCUUGAACCUGAUUUCGCGGGGCAGGAGUCAGAUCAAAGAAAAGCUAUUUCUACAGGAUCUUUAUCCACGCUCCCGUUCAUUAUUCCGAUUGAACGAGCAGCUGGGAAGGGAAAAGCUCUUACUAGAAAGAGAAAGUCAAACUCUUUCGGUGUAUACGGAACGCCUUUCAGACGAAAUCAAUCAAUUCACAUUCCUGGCUCAAGAGUAUCAAGGGUGCAAAAGGAGAGACAAAAAAAGAGCAGCGCAACGUAGAGCGUCAGGCUUAUCGCGGGAUGGAGCUGAAGUCUCAUUUUCGCGAAAAUGCAAAAAAAUCUCCAAAAAAUGGGGAAAGAUAGGCAGCACACCGUUUUAUCAGAAAUGGAUCCCUAGGUGCGCGCUCAAUAUGAACACUACUGCGAAGACGAAAAAGAAAAGGGAUUUGUUGACACUGAUCAGGGUCCAAUCCCUU